AAUACUUCAAAAUUUCAGGUUGAUGAAAAUGUUGAGGACUUCUUCUCCAAACCGUCUACAGUCAUUGUUAACAGUAUACCUGAAAAGAAGGAGGAGACACCCUUCAAGAGUCCUAGUACAAAAUCUACACCAGAAAGUAAGAAAAAAAUGGGAGGAUUUUUUAACUUUGCCCACAAAGACAAGGAACAAAAGGACCCAAAAGGAAAAGAACCAAAAAAGGGAGGUUUACUGUCUAAGCUACAUGGAUCACCAAAAUCGAGCCCGUCUCCAAAUAAGAGCAGAAUUUCAAAUGUUCAGGAAGAGCCUGAAGAAGAAUCCAUUAACAAGAACAACAGUGGUCUUACUAGAAGUACAACUGAAAAUUCAUCAUUACGAGGAAGUAUGGACAAAAAAUCUGAAAAACCAAAGGAUGAUCAGUCACCUAAAGUACCAAGAAGUGCUACAGAAAAUGUUUCACUAAGUGGUAGUUUAGACAGAAAGUCUGAUAAAUCGGACACCAUCAGUACAAAAUCUGAUUCUGAUAGUUUAAGUAGAAAAUCUGACAAGUCUAAUAGUUUAGACAGUAGGAAAUCUGACAAGUCUGGAGACAAAUCACCAGUAAAUGUAGCAGAAAGUGAACCAGCAAAAAGUGAGGACGUGAAUAAAGCUAAGGAUGAUAAGAGUGAAUCAAGUAGCGAAAAUGAGACAGAAGAGACCACUGGAAAAGGAACAGAGGCUGAUAAAGAUAAAGUGGAAAAUGGAGAUGCUAAGAAAGAAGAAAAGAAACCAUUACAACUUCCAAGUACUAAAAGGUCAUUCAGUAAAGCUGAUGCUAAGAAAGAAAAAGCUUCUGAUGAUACUGUUGAAGAAAAGUCAGAAGAGAAAGAUGCUUCAAAGGAAAGUGUCAAAGAUGAGAAAGAAAACAAGGAAACUGAGGAUCUAGUUGAAAAGAAAGAACAGGAGGAGGUUAAGGAAGAAGUAAAAGAUUCUGAGGCAGAGAAAGACAAGGAGGAACCAGAUAAAACUGAUGAGAACAAACCAUUAAGUGUUGCCAGGAAACCUGGGGUACCAGGGGGUAUAGGCUUUGGUCUUAAUAUAAUGGCAGACUUAAAGGCUAAACAGGAGAAGAGAAGGUCACAGAUGCCAAGUAAGCCAGCUGCGCCACCACCUGACCAGACAGAAAAUCGAGGAUCUGCGGCAGAAGAAAAGAAGUCACCAUUUGGUCUACACAACCUUAAACCUGUAACAAAAACUGUGCCAAAGGAAAAUACUAGUGCACCAGUUAAACCAUCGGACAACAAGUCCAGUGAUUCAGUUAAGAGUGCUGAAGUUCCUGCACUAAAGACUAGAACUGGAAGUGUAGGGACAGAUAACAAAGGUGGUAGUUCUGAUACUAAAACUGUGACCCCAGUAGCUAAAGCUGAUCAGAAGGCAAUGAAAAACAAUUCUUUGAAAGAUUCAGGAGCAGAAAAACCUUCAGUGACACCUAGACCGUCAGGUUUCAACAAGCCUCCUCCACCAACCAGACCAAAGCCCCCGAUCACAACCAGCAAACCUACUCCAGCCCCAAGGAAAAGUCUUUCCAGUACUGAUAGUACAGAGCAUGUUCGAUAUCGACAUUCAUACGAUGAAGAAAUGAAUAAACCAGGAAAGAAGCCUGCUGAAGGGGGUGUGGUAUACGACUCUGCCACUUUGAAAAUGUCAGUGAAAGACAAAAUCUCAAAGUUCAGGAGUUCAGGGAGUGAAAGUGAAGCUGGUAAAGGGAAGCCACUCUCACAACCUGAGAAAAAGGAACAUGUGAUUUCAAGAGAUAGUAAGAAAAGUGACUCACUGCCAAGUGAUUCAGACAUAUCCAAUGCCGAGAAGUCUUCAUCUUUGUCAAAGGAAACAACUCCAUCUGAUAUUAACAAAGGGGAAACAACUCCAGAAGCUGGUGACCUUGACCUUCGAAAGAUUGAGGAGAAUACAAGCAUGACAGAUAGUGGUAUAGUAGACGACUCGCCGAGGUCUUCUGUGAAAGACACACUGUCAAAGUUUGACAGCAACGAUGUAGGAUUGAGGAAACAUGGAUCUCUGCCUAGACAUAUGAAAAAGGAAGAUGCUGUGAAUGAUGGUGAGGAAAGUCCAAAGCGUCCUAAGUCAAUGUUUGCUUUGGUUGAUAGUCGUCCUGACCUGAAGAAACCAGCAGAAAAUAAAGCAGUAAUUCCGGAGGAGAAAGAAAAAGACUCACCUACAGAGGAAAUUAUACUUGUGUGAUCAUAGUGUGUAAUAACAUUGUGCCAUGGCACACUGUAAAAUUGUAUACCUCUAGUUGCUAAGAUAAUGGAAUGCUUUUUAAUUAACAAAAAAUUAAUACACAACAAAGUCACUCUCCUUAAAUGUAGUAAAAUAUUACAUAGAACUUUAUUUUGCUUUUACCUGCAGAAUAAAAAGAAUUAGCUCAAGUUUGGUGUUUUUCUUUGGAACAAAACUAGGUCAAAUAAUUUUUUUUGUACUAACUCAGUUUUCCUUGUAUAAGAUUAAAAAUUUAGAAAGGAUAAGGGAGGAUUAAAGUUGAAGAGGAGAGCUUGGCUGAUCUGACUGAAUUUUGGCAUGAAAGUUUGUUAUUCAGCAAUAAAGACUUUCUGCGCAAAGCUGUUGUCAAUUUCUCUGUAUAGGAGUUUGUGUUCUGAGAAAUAGAUGUAGUUAGAGAUUUAUUUACUGUUUAAAAUUUUUUUUUAGUACCGGUACUUACACAAAUUAGUGCUUUAUCAUGUUUAUGAUUAUUGCUUAUAUGUUACAUUAUGUAUAUACGUACAUUUUGUUACCGAGACUUGCAUUAUCCAUAGUGAAAUAUAUUAUCAAAGUCACUUAUAUAUUUACUGUUCAUGUAUUGAAACAAGACUUGAUUGUAAGUAGACCUGUAAAUAUUUCUUGAGAUUUUCAAAUAGGGUUCCAAUUUACACAUCUAGAAAGGGUACCAUUACACAACCCUUACAAAACAUUAUUGCUGUGAUGGUGUUGUAUUUACGUUUUUUAAUGUCAUAAUGCAAACUGACCAGAUUGUGCUACCAUAACGUCACUGCUGAGAUUUUACCUUUAAAUUAUUGUUGACUAUUAAAUUCAGAGUGUUUCAGCAUGUUUUUCAAGCUGAAGGAUGUAAGAUCGAGCCUCAUUUUGUUGACACUACAUUGGCCUGCAGUCAUUAUUUUGUUAAUAUGAUUUUGUGGUUUUUGAAAAAAAAGUACAGAAAUAUUUUUACCUACUAAAAGCUUUGAAAUUUCUUUAAUUUGCAAAAAUGAAUGGGUAUUUGAUCUUGUGAAUCAAAAUCUUGUUAACUUGAAAUAUAUUAGUAGCUUCCAAGGUUUGAGUAUUUAGAGGACAUUGAAAGUUUUCAUACUUACUGAUAUAAUUGUUAGGCAUUUUUUAAAACGGUGAUAAAGAUACAAAAUUCCAUGAAAAUUUUGACUCUUGAAACUAAUAGACUUUACUGAUGGACCAGGUAGAGAAAUAAAAAUGUAUUCUGUUAUAAAUUUGUUUGAAAGAAUUAUUAGUAAUUUACCACAUCACAUUCCAAAAAAAAAAAAAAAAUCAUAUUUUAAAAUGGUUGUAAAUUAGGACCAAAAUCAUCUGUGUUAGCUUAGGGAACAAUUACUGUUAAUGCAAGUUCAUUUUAUUGUACAAGUUCAUUUUACUGUCAUAUCUCUUAUUAUAUGUAGACCACAAAACUAUCAUUGAUGCAUAUAAUAGGCGAUAAUUCCAUGCAUAUGUUUUAUCUGUAUUUUUUUGGCAAAAUUGUGCAAUUUUGUAUGUUUUAAGUGUAUACAGGUAUAUGGACUUGCUACCAUUUUCAUUAUGUAUGUAACGAAGCAGUGAACUAUUAAAGUUAUUUGAAUGAAAUUUACAGAAUGAUGUAAGCAAUUGAGACCUUGGAGAGAUUGUUUCUUCAUGCAAAUGCAUCAGCUAAUGUCGACUUGGAAUUGAUUAAAAAUGAGAAAAUUUGACCUUAUAGAAUGUGUACACUAUGAGAAAAUAUUAUACUGUAGACUAGACUUAUUAAAUGUAUUUACCAAAUGUAGUCCUCAUCUUUUUAAUGCUUAUGUUGGCAGAAUCAUGAACUGGUAAAUGACCUUUUUUAGCUCACCUGAGCACAAAGUGCUCAAGGGUGAGCUUUUGUGAUCGCCCUGUGUCUGUCGUCGUCAACAAUUUGACUGUUAACACUUAGAGGUCACAAUUUUGGCCAAAUCUUAAUGAAACUUGGUCAGAAUGUUACCCUCAAUAAAAUCUUGGACGAGUUCGAUAUUGGGUCAUCUGGGAUCAAAAAGUAGGUCACCAGGUCAAAUCAAAGGAAAAGCUUGUUAACAUUCUGGAGGCCACAUUUAAGAUAAUAUCUCUAUGAAACUUGGUCAGAAUGUUAAUCUUGAUGAUCUUUAGGUGAAUUUCAAAUCUGGGUCAGGUGGGAUCAAAAACUAGGUCACCAGGUCAAAUCAAAGGAAAAGCUUGUUAACACUCCAGAGGCCACAUUUAAGACUAUAUCUUCAUGAAACUUGGUCAGAAUAUUAAUCUUGAUGAUCUUUAGGUCAAGUUUGAAUCUGGGUCAUGUGGGAUUAAAAACUAGGUCACCAGGUCAAAUCAAUGGAAAAGCUAGUUAACACACUAGAGUCCACAUUUAUGACCAUAUAUUAAUGAAACUUGGUCAGAAUGUUAAUCUUGAUGAUCUUUAGGUCAGAUUCAAAUCUGGGUCAGGUGGGGUCAAAAACUAGGUCACCAGGUCAAAUCAAAGGAAAAGCUUGUAAACACUAGAGGCCACAUUUAUGAAAUAUCUCCAUGAAACUUGGUCAGAAUGUUAAUUUUGAUGAUCUUUAGGUCAAGUUCAAAUCUGGGUCAGGUAGGGUCAAAAGCUAGGUCACCAGGUAAAAUCAAAGUAAAAGCUUGUUAACACUCUAGAGGCCACAUUUAUGACUAUAUCUUCAUGAAACUUGGUCAGAUUGUUAAUCUUGGUGAUCUUUAGGGCAAGUUUGAAUUUUUGUCAUGUGGGGUCAAAAACUAGGUCACCAGUUCAAAUCAAAGGAAAAGCUAGUUAACACUCUAGAGGCCACAUUUAUGACCAUAUCUUGAUGAAACUUGGUCAGAAUGUUAAUCUUGAUGAUCUUUAGGUCAAGGUCAAAUCUGGGUCAUGUGGGUUAAAAAAUUAAGUCACCGUGUCAAAUCAAAGGAAAAGCUAGUUAUCACUCUAGAGGCCACAUUUAUGACUGUAUCUUCAUGAAACUUGGUCAGAAUGGUAACCUUGAUUAUCUUUAGGUCAAGUUUGAAUCUAGGUCAUGUGGAAUGUGACCUACUGACCUACUUUCUUGUUUUUUUAAGAAACAGCCUCGAAAUUUGGAUAUGUACACUUUUGCAGACUGAUCUUAAAACUGAAUUUCAGUCACCAUGAUGGUGACCUACUGACCUACUUCCUUGUUUUUUAAGAUACAGUCAUGAAAUUUGGAUGACAUGUACAGUUUUGCAUACCGAUCUUAAAACUGACUUUCAGUGACCAUAAAUAUGACCUACUUUCUUAAUAUUUUAGCAUCAGUUUGACAUUUGAAACAUGUAGCUCAUAUUACUCAGGUGAUCAUGACCCUCUUGUCUUUUUUUUUUUAACUUUUCAUUUUGAAAUGUCAUGUUUAAAGCAGGUUAUUAAUAAUUCAGUUGUGGCAUGUGUAAAACUUUUAAAAUUGCUACCAAAAAUAUUUUGUUUUCACUGUCUUACAUUUUGCUUAUGUCUGAAUGUAGCUAGUGGCAAAAUUUAAUGGCUGUGUAUACAUUGUAUAUAUAGAAAAACAAAUAUAAAUAUUGUUUCGAGUUGAAAUUGUUGAAUUUUUUUGUUAUAUGAUUCUGUUCAAACAGUUCAGUAGUUUACUGUGUUUCUGAUAAAAAGUUACUGUAUUUUACUUUGACUUGGUCGAUUAUACAUGUACAUGUAAGCACAAAAUUGAACUUAUAAAUGAUAUAAUGGCGUGAAAUAGUAAUCUCAGUUUGUCAGUUAAUUUGCAUAAUUGCAUUGUUAUUCUGUAUAGUAUAUAUCUAAAGCAACUUGUUUACAUUUUAAUGUAUAAAAUUUAAGUUCUGGCAAAAUAUGUUAAUACUUAACUUCAGGAAAGUGGCCUUCAGUUUAAGCUUGCGGAUGUAUGAAUUCGUGAAAAGUUUUCCUCUGCUGUAUAUAUUUGAGAAAAGCUUUCCUCUUUGCUGUAAAAAUCUGUGAAAAGCAUCCCCCUUUACUGUAUAAAUUUGUGAAAACUGUUCCACUUUUCUGUAUAAAUUUGUGAAAAGCAUCCCUCUUUGCUGUAUAAAUUUGUGAAAAGUAUAUUUUUUCUUCAGCUAGAAGCUGUUACCGGUAGUAGAAAGGACUAAAACAUUGGUCACAGCUCUGCAUUUUGAAUGUCAGCUACACAUUUUUUUUUGUCCUACUCUUGAAAAGGUAGCUAGAACUGUGGUAUUAACUUAAUAAAAUCUGUAAAAAGAUCCCUUGGAAGCAUAGAAUGCAAUCAAAAAAGAAUAAUAGCAGACUCUAGUCUGUUCAUGAGAGGUAAUGAAAUGUGCAACACCUCUCACGCCCCCUAGCAACGGCUUAAGUGGAACUCUAUUACACAUCUAUCGAAUGGACUCCAUGAUCCCAAAGGACCACAAAGUCAUAUGUCAGAGGUUCCAUUUCUUCUGUCAGUUGAUAGCUUUUUUAGGUAAAAGAUGCUUUUGAACUUACUGGUAUGUCUUCUUAAUUUUCGUGACAAAUCAAGUGUUGGGACUCAUUCAGAAUUUCCUGUUGAUCAGUUAGUACGAUGGUUCAACAAUCAUGACAAAAUCAGGUAUCGUCACCCGAGUGCUAAAAGUGGAUGUGCAUUUGUUUGUUGGUGCAGUUAUCCACUUCCUGCGCCAAGGUGACGAGAUGUCUAAAAUAAGAGAAUGAAGUAAUUGAAGUAGUUCACUAGUUUUACAUAUGCAAUAAUAUUGAAGAGUGUUGAUUUUGCCAAUCUAGAUUCAGUUUAUUUUUUUGCAUGGCCUGACGUUUAUAACAUAGGGAAGCCCGAAAAAGUCUGUGUGUACUGUUUAACGUAGUGCCUUCACUAUAUGGUGUUUACCAGUUCCAGUACUGUUGAAUAUUUGUGUCUAUGCAUUUUUGAAUAUUGGCCUUAUUUUGUUCUGCUGCUAAUUUAGUUUUAUAUUAUUUUUGUAUCAAUCCUGCAACUGUUGGAAAUACAGCGACUGAAGAAAGAGCAGAUCUUUUUUUUUUUAUUUAUUGUUCAUGACUUACAUUUACAUCUUUCUUUUUCAUGUUUGUACAUUUCUCGCUGCUGUAAAUCAAAAUGCUUUAUACAAUCCUCAAAGGAGCUUAUGUUGUGUAUAGAAGCUUUGAUAGUUGUUUUGUAGCUAUGUGUACAUUCAAUAAGAAAAUUAGAGCAAGUGCAAUAUAUAGUUUAGAAAUGCAUUACCUUGGUUAAACUAUCAGAGUGGUGAUGCCUUUUCUUUAAGGUAAAUUUUGCAUAGUGUCCAUAUUCAUCAAUGUUUAAAGUUUGUAACUUGGCCUUUAAAAAGUUAAAUUUUCAUUAUGCUCUUGCAUCGAAUUUUGCCGGGACCGGACGAGGAGUUCGAACUUAGGGUGGUGUUCGAAUUGACUGACUUUAAUUGAAAGAAGUUUGACAGUACUGAUACUUAAGACUAAAGAAAAGCAGAUUCAGAUUAGAAUGUUUCUCAGAAGCUUUAAAUAUAGGUGUCAGGUCACUGUUCAUGCAAAGACUUGUUAUUGUUUAGUGUUUUAUGGUGCUUUUGUUUGUUUGGUCAGCGUUAUUUCUAUGCACUUUGUUGACUUUGCCAAAAUACUGUAAUUGCCUCAUAUGAACUGCACUUCUAUUUUUUUACGUUGAAAGCAGUCUUUAAGUAAUACCAGAUGAUUUUUGUAUUGCACAAAAGUGUACAAAUCUGCUGUGGGGUGGGGGGUUAUUUAAACACUUAUAAUUUAACAAAUCUGGCUUCCAUUUCUCCAAUUUGUUUGCCAAGCUGACAGACAAGUGACUUAAUAUUCCUUUUGAAAAUAGGUCAGAAUGUGUGUACUUAUAAAUGCCCUAAAGUUUCAGAAUGUACAUCACUAUUUGGGACAAAAAUUAAGUGACAUACAAACUGAUAUACAUGUGCAGUUUCAUAGUUAAAUUUUAACUCCUCUAAAGAAGUUUUUGUUAAGUCUAAAAAUAGCAUUAAUACAUUGUUAUACCUUUAAAAAUUUAUUGAAAAUACAUUCCCAGAGUUUAAUUUGAAUUAUUUUGUGCAUUAAAUUUUAUAAUAACUAAAGUAUUUCUUUACUCGAAGGAAAAUAAUAUGCAUUUUCACAUUUUGCCAUUCCCUUCCAUCAGAAUGUUCCGAGGUCUGUUGGGAUUUCGUGUCAGACUCACAGAAGUACUCUGGUGAGCUAAUAGUAUGACAUGCUGAUGCAGGCCCCAUGUUCUCAAAACAUUUUCAGUCUUGGCAGAGUUUGAUAAUGAAACUAUAUUGAGUCUUUAGUCAUUUAUACCUAAAUGACAUGUUUUAAACCAGAUGUUAAGUUCAUUACCAUUUCCAAAUGACUAUUCAGUAUUGCUGGUCAGUCACAGCUGGAAUUCGAUCUUGAAGUUAUAGUAAAAAUUACUAUCAAAAUUUCAGUAUCAAACUCAGCCGAGACCAAAAAAUGUUUUGUGAACAUGGGGCCAGGUCACAGUCAACACUAUGUCAUAAACCUUGAAAAUUAUCUCAUUUCUUCAUGGGAGAUGUUAUAGGUUGCUUAUAAAACUGGGUAAGUAAAUAAUGAUUCAGAGGGACAGGUUAAGGACACGUGGAGCUCUUUUGAAAACAAAGUAAUCCAAGCGCAUUCAGUACAUAUAUUCAUUGAUGAAAAACUCACCUCUGGCCUUUGUUCAUGAUGUUACUAUAGCAACCUAUUGUAUUUGCUUUUAUAUUUACUUACACAAAUUUUAUUAAAUAUUAUAUUUUCAGUCAGUUUCAUGUUUUAUUAUAUAAAUGCAAAUAAACCAUAAACACAA